GUUGCGUACACAAGAGAGCAGCAUGCGAAAAACUGUACAAUGGCAUUAAUGAAAGACGAGGAGAGCAUUCCAAAUUUGAGUGAAUUUCAACUCUUUUGUUCGACUCCGUUAGAUGGUCAUAAGAGACAAAUUUCAGAACCACAAAUCAUAAAGGAAGAAAUCAACAGCCAUAAAAUUCUGCCAGAAAUUUAUGGCGAGAUACCCGCUUAUACUGCUCAAUCACUGAAAGAACUGAAAUCAUCUCUAAUGUCUGCAUCUUUGAAUUGUGAAUCGGCAGAUAUGCAUGAGACAUCGCACGAUAUCUCAAGCUCUAAUUCUCAAAACAACCUUUAUGAUAUCCAGUGGAGGUUUCAUCCAAAUGUGUGGCAAAUGGAGAAUAUAACAAGAUGUUUGGAUUUUCAACAUUUGAAUUCAGGAAACACUGAGCCGGUAAAUAACGAUAAUAUCACGGGUUCCCCCCAUGUUUCCAAUUCCUUAGAAGAAGAUAUCUCUCUAUGUUCAUCAGAAAGCACUUUUUCUAGUACUCAGAUAGCAACAGAACGUCCACAUGAAAGAGAAGUGGACGAGGAAAGCUGUAAACUGUACGAGGAAGAGAGGAUGAUUAACGCAAACACCCAGCCAAAGACCAUGGAGGAUGAAAUUCUGGUGCCAGAAUGCUUAUCCAACACUGGAAACUUCGAUUUAAAAUGUUCUAGUUCUAUAGAUCAGGUUUCCUUUCGUCACACCUCAGAGCAAAACUACGAUAUACAAGAUCUUGUUAAACUCGGAAACAAUAAACUUGCACACGCCGGAACAACAUCAAGUUGCACUGCACAACGAAAUCCUGUACCUCCAAUCCAAGACACAAGAGUCGAGCGAAGCAAGCAGGCGAUGCCCUCUGGUGGUGUCGUUUGGUCGAGUCACCGAGUUAUGGAGAGCCUCGUUGACCAUGAUGAUGACACUGCUGAAAAAGAAGAUGUUGGUACUCACUCCGUUGACACCAAUUUUGAUGUUGAAAACAAUAAUGAAAAUCACCACAAAUUAUUACGAAUACGAAAUAAUUGCACCAAAGUGACAACAUCCUGUAAUUCUCAACCUGUGGUUGUUCACCAGCUAGACGCCUUUGAAGGCAGUAGUCACAGUUAUGGUGGCGAAGAAAGGCAAGUCGCCGUGGUUAAAGAAAUAAAAAAUGGAAAACAUCAAUCUUCCGAUAAAACGGCGAUAGAUAUUUCACGGGACAAACAUGGCAGGAAGAAACAAACUACAGAAAUAAAAGAAGCCCCCGUGAACACCCUAGCUCUUCGCAAAGCCUAUGAUGAAAAGCAGAGAGCUGAAACGAGGAAACACAUCCACCAAACGCCAAAGAAGGAGGAAUACAAAGAAUGUGUUUGCGAAAAGAUGAGCAGAAAUAGAUCGCGCCGUCGAAGAUUACAUGAAAACGUAGAACUGCCAAAAAUCGUCUCAACUGAGAAAGUUUUCAAAUACAAAGCAAAUAAAGUGGCAAAUAUGCCAUUGAAGGAAAAUCUUGCAAUCUAUAACGGGCCAGGGAGAAUACUUGUGGUAAAAUUGGAAUCUGAAACAUGUCAACAGGCGUUCAUAGAUAGAAUGAUCCAUCUUGAUCGGCUGGAAAAAGAUGACCAAUCCAGUACUCAGCCGCCCCAGGAUGAAAGUGUCGACGAGUAUAAAGAUGAUUUUGAAUGCGAUGAGAAAAACGAUUCUGCCCUUUCUUCCAAAGAAGACGAGUGCAAUCAAUUUCAGAGCACCAUUACAGUGGAUCAAAUAACACACAAGCAAAGAGCAGAGAGACAAGUGCGCAAGGAGAAUUCGUACCUCGAGAUAUCACGUCGCUUGAAAACCUCGCUGAGUUCUAGAAACGUCUUGUUCACUAGACAACCUAACGUCUGCAGUGGUGGUGGGUACGCGGUUACCACCAGUGAAAUGUUCCACAUCACUUCUGAUACCACGCCAUCCAACUCUUCAGGCACAGACUCGGAUGAUUCCUCUAGGAAGGAACUCGUACGAUUCCCGUCUAUACAGAUGAAUAAUUUUGUCUCACAGAGAUUUCCCAGAAACGCAUUUUCACAAGGUAGGGUCGGCAUGUUUAGAAAUCGACAAGUUAGGGAGAAGGCAGUAGAGAUAUAUCGCAGACGAUCAGAACAACUGCAUCAGCCGCCGCCACGAUAUACCCACCACGUGAAACUGCCGAAACUCCCCGCCAUAAGAAGGAGACAAACCCCCAACAACAGUUUCAGAGAAUCGCCCUCUAAUAGAAACACAAGAAGAAGAUAGCCCAUUCAUCGAUAUCACGAUAAUAUAGAAUAUCAUAUCAGACAAACAAGAACUAACGCCGAAAAAUUCAUGAUAAACCGGUACUCCUCUAUAUAUGUAAACAGAAAUAUAUG